CCAGUCAUGGCACCCAGGACCCUCCUCCUGCUGCUCUCGGGGGCCCUGGCUCUGACCCAGACCCGGGCGGGCUCUCACUCCCUGAGGUAUUUCUCUACCGCCACGUCCCUGCCUGGACGAGCGGAGCCCCGCUUCAUCGCCGUCGGCUACGUGGACGACACUCAGUUCGUGAGGUUCGACAGCGACGCCCCGAAUCCGAGGAUGGAGCCGCGGGCGCAGUGGAUGGAGCAGGAGGGGCCGGAGUACUGGGACCGGGAGACACGGAACGUCAAAGACACCGCACAGACUGACCGAGUGAACCUGCAGACCCUGCGCGGCUACUACAACCAGAGCGAGGGAGGUGAGCCACGCCGGGCCCGGUCGCAGGUCACGAGUCCCCUCGUCCCCACGGACGGGUCGCCCCGAGUCUCCGGGUCCGAACCACCCCGAGGCCGCGGGACCCGCCCGGCCAUCGACCCGGGAAGAGCCGCGGUGACUCCCUCGCUGCGGUUUCGUUUUCAGUUUAGCCCCAAAUGCGCUCUGACCAUCGCCGCCCGUCAGGGUCGCGGGGACGGGGCUGACCCCGGGGUCGCGGUUCUUCCGGGGACAUCUCUCACCGACGCUGACCGUGGGGCCGCAGGGUCUCACACCCUCCAGAGCAUGUUUGGCUGCGACGUGGGGUCGGACGGGCGCCUCCUCCGCGGGUACACUCAGUUCGCCUACGACGGCGCCGAUUACUUCGCCCUGAACGAGGACCUGCGCUCCUGGACCGCGGCGGACACGGCCGCUCAGAUCACGCAGCGCAAGUGGGAAAAGGCGGGUGCGGCGGAUCAGUGGAGGGCCUACCUGGAGGGCACGUGUGUGGAGUGGCUCCGCAGAUACCUGGAGAACGGGAAGGACACGCUGCUGCGAACAGUGCCUCCAAAGACAAAGGUGACCCAUCACCACCUCACUGAUGGGGAGGUCACACUGAGGUGCUGGGCCCUGGGCUUCUACCCUGCGGAGAUCACCCUGACCUGGCAGCGGGACGGGGAGGACCAGACCCAGGACAUGGAGCUUGUGGAGACCAGGCCAGCAGAGGACGGGGCCUUCCAGAAGUGGGCAGCUGUGAUGGUUCCCUCUGGAGAUGAGCAGAGAUACACAUGCCGUGUGCAGCAUGAGGGGCUGCCUGAGCCCCUCACCCUAAGAUUGGAAAUGCCCACCACCUCCAUCAUGGGAAUCAUUGUUGGCCUGGUUGUCCUUGGAGUUGUGAUCAUUGGCAUCGUGGUGGGAGUUGUGAUCUGGAAGCAGAAGAGCUCAGGUAGAAAAGGAGGAAAUUAUGCUCAAGCUGCAAGCAGUGACAGUGCUCAGGGCUCUGAUGUGUCUCUCACGAUCUCUAAGGGUAAGACCCUGUGGACCAGAUAA